CCCACAGUCACUCCUGCGGCGUCCAACUCCGGUCCAACGAAAACCAUCUGUGGCUCCAUCUCUGGUUUCAGAGGCAGAGCGGAGACGAAGAGGAAGAGGAAGAGGAAGAGGAAGAGGAAGAGGAGGAAGACUAUCCGUGAUUUCAUCUCCCCGACCACGAACACUGGUGGAGGACACUGAAGAUGAACCGACUGAAUCCUGACUGCUGGCUCUGGUCUCCAGCUCCUCCUCUGGGUCUCCUUCCUCAUCGUUCAGGGACCCUCGCUUCAGCCAGGCUGGGCCACGGCGAGGAAGAGGAGGGAGAGGAAGAGGAGGGAGAGGAAGAGGAGGGAGAGGAAGAGGCAGGAGAGCAUCCCGCUGCCUGCUGCUACAACACAGGUUGCGAUGACGUCAUCAGUCGGCCUGCUGGCGCUCAGCGGUCAGUCUCCGACCCCCCCGCCCACUCGGGGAUCAUCAGCAGCAGCAGCUCCAGCCCGGCAGCCGCUCCCCCCCCACAGCUGCCAAAACCAGUGGUGGGUGCUGAUGGGGGAGAUGUGGCGCCGCAUUACACCGGCGGGCGUUGUUGGGGGGGUCUGGGGACCGGGACCCAGCGAUGUGUGUGUGGUUACGGGCAAAGGCAACCAGAAGGUCUGGGUUCCUGCUGGUCUGGAUCUCCAUACGUCUACUACGGGGUGAGGAGGAACCUGGUGGUGGUGGAGGAGGUCGCUGUAGAAGACACUCUAGAAGUUAUAGGACAUGUACACAGAUGAUCUGCUGGAUCCUGAGCUGCUGCAGGACGCCCAGCUGUACCCCACAUGAGCCCCGAGAAACUCUCAGCGUGUCCUGUUCUGACUGUUAACACUGAAAACAAAGCUAUUACUCACAUAUUUAUCCAAUUUGUUUGUAUUUAAAAUGUUUUACCCUAUCUCAAUUUUUGUGUAGGUGUGUCUUUAACGUGCUGUUUGUCUUUGUCUUUUCAUUAAAAUCAUGUCAGUUGUCAUUAUUGAGAGUUACAACACAAACGAACAAUAAAAAAUGACUGGUU